UCAGCUUUUGUUUUUGUUUGUCUUCUCCCAUUGGUAAAAAAAACCCUACCGCCGCGACCACCGACACCGAGAAAGUUCGCCGCCGUUAAACCACCAGUGAGGAGAAGCUUUUAUCAAAGACUAGUUCAAUGAAGAGGUGAAUGUGCUUUUAGAGCUAAGAUUCUUUAUAUCUUCUCCGGCGUGUUUUUAUUGCUUUUGUGUAGGAGACAGAAGAAAGUGAUGAUAAGCAAUGAGAUGGAUUUGUCAGAUGCAGUGAUUGUAAAAUCUGGGAGAUUGAAAUCAGUUGUGUGGAAUGAUUUCGAUAGAGUUAAAAAGGGUGAGACUUACGUUGCAAUCUGUAGGCAUUGUAAGAAGAGACUUAGUGGAUCGAGCGCUAGUGGGACUUCCCAUUUGAGGAAUCAUUUGAUUAGAUGUAAGAGGAGAAUUAAUGGUAACGGUGUUGCUCAGUAUUUUGUUAAGGGGAAGAAGAAAGAAGGAAGAGCUGUUGAGAUAUCGAAUGAGAGGAAGAAAGAUGAAGAACAGCUUAGUGUAGUGAAUGUUAGAUAUGAACAUGAUGAUGAUGUUGUUACUGGUGUAUGUGCUGGUUUGGAUCAAAGGCGGAGUCGGUUUGAUCUAGCACGGAUGAUUAUUUUACAUGGGUAUCCGUUGAGUAUGGUCGAAGAUGUUGGAUUCAGAAUGUUUAUUAGAAAUUUACAGCCUUUGUUUGAUCUUGUUGCGUUUGAAAGAGUUGAGUCUGAUUGUAUGGAGAUAUACGCGAAAGAGAAGCAUAAGAUGUUCGAAGCCUUGGAUAAGUUACCUGGAAAGAUUAGUAUCAGUGUUGAUGUUUGGAGUGGUUCAGAUGAUACUGAUGAGUUCUUGUGUUUGGCAGCACAUUAUAUCGAUGAAACAUGGGAACUGAAGAAGAGAGUUUUAAACUUCUUCGUGGUUGAUCCGUCUCAUACUGGUGAAAUGCUUGCUGAACUUAUCAUAACAUGUUUGAUGGAGUGGGAUAUUGAUAGGAAGUUGUUUUCUAUGGCGUCUAGUCAUUCUCCACCGUUUGGUGAAAACGUGGCUAACAAAAUCAGAGACCGGUUGUCGCAGAACAAGUUCUUAUACUGUAACGGCCAAUUGUUUGAUGUAAGCUGUGGAGUUAAUGUCAUUAACCAGAUGGCUCAAGACUCCUUGCAAACUUGUUGUGACACAAUAAACAUGGUUCGCGAGAGUAUUAGGUAUGUCAAAAGCUCAGAAUCUAUUCAGGAGAGAUUCAAUCAGUGGACUGUUGAAGCUGAAGCUGAAAGUGAAAGGAACCUAUGUAUCGAUGACCCAGUGAGAUGGGACACAACAUGUACCAUGUUGGAGAUUGCUUUAGAGCAGAAGAGCGCGUUUUCACUCAUGAAUGAGCAUGAUCCUGAUUCCGUGUUAUGUCCAUCUGAUUUGGAAUGGGAGAGGUUAGAAACAAUUGUCGAGUUCUUGAAAGUCUUUGUUGACGUGACAGAUGCAUUCACAAAGAACAGUUGUUUACCCGCCAACAUAUACUUCCGGGAGAUAUGCGACUUACACCUCCGGUUAAUCGAAUGGUGCAAGAACCCGGAUGAUUUCAUUAGCUCUCUAGCUGUAAACAUGAGAAAGAAGUUCGAUGAUUUCUGGGAUAAAAACAACCUGGUUCUAGCCAUUGCUACCAUAUUAGACCCACGGUUCAAAAUGAAGCUGGUGGAAUAUUAUUACCCUCUGUUUUAUGAUACUAGUGCUUCAGAGUUCAUUGAAGACGUUGUUGAAUGCAUCAAAGCGCUGUACGAUGAGCAUUCUAUAGGAUCACUGUUAGCAUCAUCAGAUCAAACCCUUGACUGGCGUAAUCAUCAUCAUGGGUCAAAUGGUGUUCGUCAUGGGAAAGAGCUUGACGAUAGAUUCAUAGAAUUUGAUAGGUACAUUAACAAUACAACUACUACUACACCAGGUCAUGACCCUAAAUCGGAUCUUGAAAAGUAUCUAGAGGAGCCGCUUUUUCCCCGGAAUUCAGAUUUCGACAUACUGAACUGGUGGAAAGUACACACACCGAAAUACCCAAUCCUCUCUAUGAUGGCACGUAACGUGUUAGCGGUUCCAAUGUCAAAUGUCUCAUCAGAAGGAGACGCCUUUGAAACUUGUCAAAGGAGACAGGUUAGUGAAACUUGGCGUUCGCUAAGACCGAGUACUGUGCAGGCCUUAAUGUGUGCACAAGAUUGGAUCCAGAGCGAAUUGGAAAGCUCUUGAAACUCUUUAAUUUUGUCCUGAGUUUUGUUUUCUUUGUUAGUUUAGAUCUCUGCUCCAGCUUGUUUGUUUAUUGUCUGUACCUCUACCUCUCAUCAACAGUUGUUUUAGUCAUAAUUUAUAUUCAACCUAGCUAGGGCUUUUACUGUA